GCCUUGACCAGUUGCCUGACAUGAGCGCUGCCGAUGAGAUCACAAGGACAGAAUCCCAUACCUCUAUCGCAAUGGACGAGACAGGUUCACGGUCAACGCUUGUGAGCCAACAAGAAAUAAACAUAUCUGACACCAAUAUCAUAGUGAAAACUAUAAUGGGCACAUUGAAGACGGACGACCCAGAGAUGACUUCAGCAGAAGAAAAUCUGGAUAGGCUCCUGUCAGUUGAAGCCCUUCAAGGUGCGUCUGGCAACCUGAUCGCAAAGGUCCAUGGUCUCAUUCAGGAGAUAACCAUAAACCGCCAGCUUCAAUCCAUGGUUGGCCACAGAAGCCUCUCUCAACCAGCGCUGCCUAAACCAGCCCUGAGGAAGCUGUCAAAGGACGAUGCCUCAGAGCUCAUUUACAACUUUGCCCAGACUUCUGUUAGGAGACUCCUGGGGCAGUGUAUGGGAAGGCCUAUGCCACCAUCGGCUGAAAUGGUUUUGGAUCAGGUCAUCAAGUUGAUGACAGACGUGGUGAUGGACAGCCUGACUUAUGUGUCCAAGUCUACAAUGGAGGAUGACACCAGCAAUGCCACAAGUGACAUCACUCAUGGUGUUGUAGCUGACCUUAAUGCUACUGAGGAAUUCCCUGCCAGGAGCCUUAGCCCGGCUGAUGUAAAGGCUGACGGCAUGGCCCGCCUUCCCUCUGCCAGAGGGGAAGAGACUAAGAAGAACAGGAAGUGGCGUUUCCUACCGAAAAUGCAUAAGUUUCCAAAGAUCAUGAUUAAGCUGUUCAAGACAAAAGGGGAACCGAAGAGACACCCUGAACAGGAUGCACUGCCUACCAAACGUCUCAGAGAGACUCAUAUUUCACAGGAUGCUGAGUGUGAGGUUCCAGAGGUUCCAUCCACUCCCCCACCCAAGGAGGACCUGACAACCACACCGGCCCCUGCUCCCCAGGAGUCCCAGUCCCGUAAACGCCCACUCAUAGUCAGGGUGUUACACGCUCUCUCCAGAGCCAUCUCCAAACCAUUCAGAGGAGCUUCUGGGAAGAAGAAUUAGCCAAAUGCCUGAUUUUAUUAAUAUGAUAUUUUAAUCAGAGCCUUUAUUUAAUAAAACAUUACUGCAUUGA